UAAUCAGCUGAAAUUUGCGCGCGUUAUCGGUUGAAAUAAAAAUAUUGUUGAAAAAUUUUAAGUGGUUUUGUAUUGCAACAUGGUACCAAGUGCUAGGACAGCGCGUUUAGUGAGGGAAGUCAAGAACUUUGAAACAAAACCUCCAUGGGGAAUAGUUUGUCAUCCAAGAGAGGAAGAUAUAUAUGAUGUGUUAAACUUCACGUUACAAGGCCCUAAAGGAUCGCCGUAUGAGAAUGGAUCAUUUAAACUGACUGUUACUAUCCCACAAAAAUAUCCAUUCGAACCCCCACUGGUUAAAUUCAUAACGCCAGUUUAUCAUCCGAACAUUGAUAAAGGUGGCAGAAUCUGCAUGGAUAUGUUGAAAAUGCCUCCCAAAGGAGCCUGGCUGCCUACCAUCACACUUGAGACCCUACUGGUGUCGCUGCAAACUUUACUAGCCAACCCCAACCCGGAUGACCCUCUAAUGAUGGAUGUUGCCAAUGAGUAUAAAUAUAACAUUGACAAAUUUAUAGAUAAUGCUAAAAAACACACAGAAAAAUAUGCUAAAGGCUAAUUAUUUAAUACAACUUAAA